AUGCACCAGUGUGUGAAGUGUCUGGAUCAUCAGUAUGCCAACACAGAGCAAGACCACUGCCUGCACAAAGCUAUGGCCUUCCUGGCUUAUGAUGACCCCUUAGGAAUGACCCUGGUCUGCACAGCUCUGUGCUUCUCUGUCCUCACCUCUAUGGUUCUUGGGGUCUUUGUGAAGCACCGAGACACUCCCAUAGUCAAGGCCAACAAUCGUUGUCUCAGCUACAUCCUGCUCAUCACCCUCAUCUUCUGCUUCCUCUGUUCCUUACUGUUUCUUGGUUGUCCUAACACAACCACCUGUGUCCUCCAGCAGACCACAUUUGGAGUGGUGUUCACCAUGGCUGUUUCCACUGUCCUGGCCAAAACUAUCACUGUGGUUCUGGCCUUCAAGGUCACUGCCCCAGGGAGAAGGAUGAGACACUGGCUGCUAUCAGGGGCACCUAACUCCAUUAUUCCCAUCUGCUCUCUGAUCCAACUGGCUCUCUGUGCCAUCUGGCUUGGGACUUCUCCUCCCUUUGUUGACACAGAUGCACACGCUGAGCAUGGACACAUCAUCCUGCUGUGCAACAAGGGCUCAGUCACUGCCUUCUACUGUGUUCUGGGCUACCUGGGCUCCUUGGCCCUGGCCAGCUUCACUGUGGCUUUCCUAGCCAGGAAUCUGCCUGACACAUUCAAUGAAGCCAAGUUCCUGACCUUCAGCAUGCUGGUGUUCUGCAGUGUCUGGGUGACCUUCCUGCCUGUCUACCACAGCACCAAGGGGAAGGUCAUGGUGGCUGUGGAGGUCUUCUCCAUCUUGGCCUCCAGUGCAGGGCUCCUGUUCUGCAUCUUUGUCCCCAAGUGCUACGUUAUUCUCUUAAGACCUGAGCAGAAUGCUUUGAAAGGAUUAAGGGACAGAAUAGUUCCCAAGGAAUCAGAUGUUCUGAAGAGUAGCUCUUAA